AUGAAGCCAUUAUUAGUGAUUAGUUUUGAUGGUUUUAAGCGAUCUUAUGUUGGUAAUGAUAUCAUUAAAACACUGGAAUAUAUGGCAAAAUGUGGUGCAACUGCUGAGUAUAUGUAUGGAACAUAUCCAACAAAAACAUUCCCAAAUCACUAUUCAAUUGCUACCGGCUUAUAUCCGGAAAGUCACGGUAUUGUGGAUAAUGUCAUUUAUGAUAAUCGAUUUAAAACUGACUUUAUUGAUAUACGACGGACCAAUGAUGCACAAUAUUUUAAUGGUAUACCGAUUUGGAAUGUACUUGAGCAACAAAACAUUACAACAGCUUGCUUAUUUUGGCCUGCAUGUGAUUCAUUGAUUAAUGGUAUAGGUAUGCAACCAAAAUACAAUUUGAAAUACAAUCAAUCAAUGUCAUAUCAUGAUCGGAUUGAUCAGAUAAUUGCUUGGCUCGAAAUGCCUGCUAAUAUACGACCAUCAUUGAUAAUGGCAUAUUUUGAUCAACCCGAUAAAUUGGUACACUUUAAAAAUGAUGAAGAAGUUUGUUCACAUUCUUUACCAUUUUUAUUUUAA